AUAGUCGCAGCCGUGUAUCAAAGUCCCGAUCGAUCGGCUGCGUCGUGAAUAACGGGUUCUUCAUUUGUUUCGUUUCGGGAGUUCCUCCUACGAGACGUCCACUUCGCCCACCUUCGUAUCGCGAUCGAUGAUCGAUAGGACGUUCGUGGUAAAGGUCGCGAUUGCGCGAGUGAACGAUCGCUUGGAGCGAUCACAGGUGACACCAUCGAGUGGUGCAUGUCACCAGUGAACCAUUGCUACAAUUUCUUCACGAGUGCAUCUUGCGUUUUGGGGCCGGCAGAAUCGAAAAUUGCUGUUUGCGAGAAGAAAGUGACUUUGAGAGACGAAGCGAUUCACAAGCUGAAGUGUUAGCCAAGUGAGGACGACAGAAGGAGGAGGGUGUCUCAUUGGCGAGCGCUGUAGAUGAUAUUGGCUGCUGAGCGGAUUUCGCGAAUAGAGUGAAUUGGAGGGCGCCCCACCUGCGGGAGGCGAGGCUCGCGCGGUGCACGAUUCUCGAUUCUUGAAGGGGCACACAUGCUCGCCUUCGUUUCCCCUUCGGCUCCGUAAGACAUCGGGACCUCCUUCACCGUGGUCCUCAAACGAGCCUCGCACUCCGCCAGGUACACAACUCACGCAUUCGCUCGCUCGUACGCACUCGCCGCACCGGCACUCACUAAAUCGCAACCAAUCUACCAAGUGAAGAAGACACAAUGCGGAUGUUAUGUGCAUUCUGUGGAUUGUUUCUGGUCAUCACCAUUGUCAAUUGCAAUCCUGUUGAUAAAAAAGACGCGGAAGAAGAUCUCAAUCCGGUGAACGAAGUCUACGUAAUCGAAGCUGAUGAUGCGACCGAUGGCGAAAGGGGCGAUAGGGACAAGAGAAAGAUUGGCAUCGGGCUUGGAGUAUCGAACGGCAUCAUUAACUUUGUGUUUGACAAAGUAGAUUCCUUCAUAGAUUCAAAAACGAAAGCGCUCGCAGUUCUUGAUGAAUCUAACAAAGAGAAAAACGCUGUUUUCGGAAUCGACAAUAAACAUUCGGCUACAUCAGAGUUCCUCAACAAAUUAGUGUCUCAGAAGCUUAAGGCUGCGACGGGUAGCAUUGGGCCCCUCAUAAACAGUGCGACGACAUUAUUCUCAGGGGCUUCGGCUGGCAUCUCGAAGGCUUUGGCCUCGAAAAUCGCACCAUUAAGCUCGCUAUCUGGCGGCCUUUCUGGUGGUUCGGGUGGAACUGAUGGUGCAGGACAUGCAGACGGUAGCGCAGGACCUUCCGGAUCGGCCAUCCUUGGCAAUCUCUUGACUCAAAAGAUAGGUUCUUUGUCGAGCCUGAGUCAAGGUAGCGGCGGUUUAGGCAGUUUAAGCGGCGGUAGCAGUGGUAACGGUGGGAGCUCCGGAAGCGACUCUCAUAGUGGAAACAAUGGCGGUACGAGCGCUGGCGCUGGGAUCAAUCUCGGAGCCUUCGCCAACCUGGCAGGGUACGAUUAUACACCACCACAAGCGGCGUAUUAAGCGGCUUAAAGGCAGGUGGGAUAACACGGGAUGCGGAAAGGGAACGUUUGACUGCGGACAUUAACACCUGGACCAACGAGCAGCAUUGCGUGAGAGAAGAAACCUCUUUGGAGAAAGAUAAACGACAGACAACAAACGAACGUUAAACAUACCACGAGAAAAUGGGACGGACAGUCAAUGGAUUUUCGAUGGAAUAUGUGGACGAUUUUUCAAUGGAAUACAUUGGCAUUCCAUAUAACACGGAAUGUGAAUUUCUGUUUCUAGCUGGGCUGAUAAUUGGCAGAACCUCCUUUCUCUCUUCAGAAGCCCUUCUCUUUCAUAAAAUAUUCGUAUUUAAAGAAUCCAAAUGAAAAAUUAAUGAAAGAGAGAGAAACAAAAUUCUCCAGGAAACUCUUCUCCUGAUGAAUCAACACUUCCGGCCGAAUCGUGUGGACUGCGCUAUGUCUAAUAUAAAUUAUAGAAGAACUAGCGGCGUCAAUCGAUUUGCCACCGUGAAAGUUGUAAAUAAUUUAAGAGUAGCCUUUAAGGGCGCGAUAAACUCGUAUUCGAGGACUAUUAGCUAAGCUUUGUGUAAGCGAUGUAAAUAGUACAUUCAAAUGCUCCAUGAUAUACAAAGAAAAAUUAAUAUAAAAGAUAGUGAUGAUGGUGUGAUAUAAUGUUGAUGUCAAAUAAACGUACAAUUAUAUUUUUGUCUACUAUAUGAGGUAAAUUUCAGAAUAUCGUGAAGUUUCUAAUG